AUGCUCUCUACAGCAUCCCUCUCCGUGAUGGCCAAGAAGGCACCCCCCAACAAGGUGAUUACUGCCUACGGUGUCUUUCUGACGGCCGCGCUGGCAGUCUACCACUUCAUCGCGAACGGCGAGUUCUCUGCGAUCCUGACAUUGGCAGUCAUCUUCCAGUGCCUGGGCUUCGCCUUGCUUUGCGUGCAGGUUCUGCUCACCGGCACCUGCACUGGCAUCUCGGCCCGCGCUUUGGCGCUGGACGCUUGGGCUUUGUGCUUUCGCCUGUCCUCCACUUUGUGGCUUCAUGGCUACCUGCCCGUGGACGCAUCUGGCGACUGGGCUUACCAGGCGGUGGAUGUCGUGUCGCUUGUCUUGGUGCUCUGGCUGUUGCACUCGCUGUUCUUUGAGAAGAAGCACACUUAUCAGGAAGAGCAGGACACCUUUCCUGCAACCCCCGUGGUACUGGCCUGUCUCGUGCUGGCGGCAAUCUUUCAUGCGGACAUGAACGCGCGACCCGUGUUUGACACCCUGUGGAUGGCAGGUCUGUUCAUCAGCGCCGUUGCGGUUUUGCCUCAGCUGUGGCUCAUCUCCAAGACCGGCGGGAAGGUUGAGCCCUUGACCAGCCACUACAUUGCGGCCAUGGCCAUCAGCCGUGCCUUGAGCGGUGUCUUCAUGUGGCAUGCGCGCUUCGACAUCACUUGUGACCCAUGGGUGCCUGGCUACAACCAUGCCAUCUGGGUCAUCUUGGGAGCGAAUGCCCUACACAUGCUGCUGUUGGGAGACUUUGGCUACUACUACAUCAAGACUGUGAUGAAGGGAGGCCUAACGGCACAGCUCGACCUGAUUGAGGAGCCGGGCCUGGGUUUCGAGAAUACGUGCGAUUCACAUCGCUCCGCAGGACAGCUACGUCUAGCCCACUCUGAGAGCGCAGCUUCUCACUGGGACACUCUCUGCAGACGCCGACAGGGAAGUGUUCAUCAUUUUAAGUUGCCUUCCUUCCAAACAGGAAGGGUGGGUGACCAUGUGAAAGCAUGCUCUCCUUCCCUCAUGAACUGCAGGAGCAUGGUGCGUCAGCAUGUGAUGUGCUAA